ACAGGGUGUUUAUUGGCACCCUGUGGAAUGCACAUAGGCCGUAAAUUGAGUACUUGAAUUUUAUUUUGUUUACUAUGGUUGUUUAAAUUGAGUUGUAGAUGCGAUAUAAUUAUGAGGGGACACAUGAAGUUGGGCAUCAAACAGCUAACUGCCGGUUACAUCAAUGGACAAUUUUCACCCAAAGCGGUGACGGAACAGGCGCUAAAAGAUGCCAAAAAUUUAAAGACCUUAAACGCAUUUGCUUGCCUUGCCCCUGAGCAGGCCUUGCAGCAGGCGGAGGAUUCAACUGAAAGAUAUGCACAGCAAAAACCCAUUGGUGGAUUAGACGGCAUAACCAUAGCAAUUAAGGAUAAUUUCUGCACCAGCAAUUUGCCCACAACUUGCGCCUCCCGCAUGCUGAAGGAUUUUGUGCCACCUUAUGAUGCAACUGUGGCCGACAGAUUACGUGCGGCCGGUGCCAUUCUGUUGGGCAAAACGAAUAUGGAUCAAUUUGCUAUGGGCGCCGGCACUGUCGACUCCAUUUAUGGGCCAACGAAGAAUAUUUGGAGUGAGGAUUUGAGCCAGGACAAUUGGAGAAUUGCCGGUGGCAGCUCGGGCGGUUCAGCAUCAGCUGUUGCAGCUGGUUUGUGUUAUGCUGCAAUUGGCUCUGACACUGGUGGAUCAACUCGCAAUCCCGCCUCCUAUUGUGGCGUGAUAGGUCUCAAGCCUACUUAUGGCCUAUGUUCACGACAUGGACUAAUUCCAUUGGUCAACUCGAUGGAUGUGCCUGGAAUUGUAACGCGUUCAAUCAGCGACAGUGUUGAGAUCCUGAAUGCAGUAGCCGGUCCCGAUCACCUAGAUUCAACAACCAUACAAAAGUCAUUCAAGAGAUUACAAUUGCCAGAAGUGGAUCAAAUUGAUUUGCGUUCGCUGCGCAUUGGAAUACCCAAAGAAUAUCACUGUGAAGGACUCACCGCUGAAGUGCUGGAAACCUGGACCAAAGUGGCCGAUUUACUGGAAUGUGCCGGCGCUCAUGUGCAACAGGUGUCGUUGCCCAAUACUGCCUCGAGUAUAUUUGUCUACUCAAUACUCAAUCAAUGCGAGGUGGCCAGCAACAUGGCUCGCUAUGAUGGGAUCGAGUAUGGCCAUCGCUCCGAAGAUGAGCGGAGCACGGAACAGUUGUAUGCCCAAUCUCGUGCCGAGGGUUUCAAUCAGGUGGUCAAAACGCGCAUUUUAACUGGCAAUUUUUUGCUGUUGCGCAAAAACUACGAACAUUAUUUUGAGAAAGCCCUGCGAGUGCGUCGCUUAAUCGCUGACGAUUUUGCCAAAGUUUUUAAACCGAGCGCAACUGAACAUAAAGUAGAUAUUUUAUUGACACCUACAACACUGAGUGAUGCUCCACUUUACAAGGACUUUGCGUCGCUAAGCAAUCGGGAUCAGUGCGCCGUGCAGGACUUUUGCACACAGCCCGCUAAUAUGGCUGGAAUUCCGGCGGUUUCAUUGCCCGUCCGUUUGUCCAAGGCGGGCUUGCCGCUCAGUUUGCAACUCAUGAGUAAUCAUCUAAAUGAGCAGUUGCUGUUGACAGUGGCACGAUGGAUAGAGGCACAGGUGGAAUUUGAUUGUUUAGAGAGUUUGGAGAAGCAUGUAGCGAGGGAUUAAUUUAAAAAAAUCAAAUAAAACAAAGCUUUCAUCUCA